UGCAGCGUGCAGUGUGAGGGGCGGGACCCGGCUGCCGGCGGUUGGUCUAGCUGGGGGAGGUCGGGCCAUGCCGGUGGGCCAGGGCGCGGGGCCGCUGGGGCCCGCGGUGGUCACCGCCGCGGUGGUGCUGCUGCUGAGCGGCGUGGGGCCGGCGCACGGCUCGGAGGACAUCGUGGUGGGCUGCGGUCGCUUCGUCAGGUCGGACGUGGAGGUCAACUACUCGCUCAUCGAGAUAAAGCUGUACACCAAGCAUGGGACUUUGAAAUACCAGACAGACUGUGCCCCUAAUAAUGGUUACUUUAUGAUCCCUUUGUAUGAUAAGGGGGAUUUCAUUCUGAAGAUUGAGCCUCCUCUGGGGUGGAGUUUUGAGCCGACGACCGUGGAACUCCAUGUGGAUGGAGUCAGUGACAUCUGCACAAAGGGCGGAGACAUCAACUUUGUCUUCACUGGGUUCUCUGUGAAUGGCAAGGUCCUCAGCAAAGGGCAGCCCCUGGGUCCUGCGGGAGUUCAGGUGUCUCUGAGAAACACUGGGACCGAAGCAAAGAUCCAGUCCACAGUUACACGGCCUGGCGGAAAGUUUGCAUUUUUUAAAGUUCUGCCUGGAGAUUAUGAAAUCCUCGCAACUCAUCCAACCUGGGCGUUGAAAGAGACAAGCACCACAGUGCGUGUAACCAACUCCAAUGCCAAUGCGGCCAGUCCCCUCAUAGUUGCUGGCUACAAUGUGUCUGGCUCUGUCCGAAGUGAUGGGGAGCCCAUGAAAGGGGUGAAGUUUCUUCUCUUUUCUUCUUUAGUAACUAAAGAGGAUGUCCUGGGCUGCAAUGUCUCACCAGUGCCUGGGUUCCAGCCCCAAGACGAGAGUCUGGUGUAUUUGUGCUACACGGUCUCCAGAGAAGAUGGCUCGUUCUCUUUCUAUUCCUUGCCAAGUGGGGGCUACACUGUGAUUCCGUUCUAUCGAGGGGAGAGGAUUACCUUUGAUGUGGCGCCUUCCAGACUUGACUUCACAGUGGAGCAUGACAGCUUGAAAAUCGAGCCCGUGUUCCACGUCAUGGGAUUCUCCGUCACCGGGAGGGUCUUGAACGGACCCGAAGGAGAUGGUGUUCCAGAAGCAGUAGUCACCCUGAAUAACCAAAUCAAAGUUAAAACAAAAGCUGAUGGCUCAUUCCGCCUUGAGAACAUAACCACAGGGACAUACACCAUCCAUGCUCAGAAAGAGCACCUCUACUUUGAAACGGUCACCAUCAAAAUUGCACCGAACACACCUCAGCUGGCUGACAUUAUUGCAACGGGGUUCAGUGUCUGUGGUCAGAUAUCAAUCAUUCGCUUCCCCGACACCAUCAAGCAGAUGAAUAAAUACAAAGUUGUCCUGUCAUCUCAAGACAAGGACAAGUCUUUGGUCACCGUGGAGACAGAUGCUCAUGGAUCAUUUUGUUUUAAAGCAAAACCAGGGACUUACAAAGUGCAGGUGAUGGUUCCUGAGGCAGAAACCAGAGCAGGGCUGACGUUGAAACCCCAGACAUUUCCUCUUACUCUGACCGACAGGCCCGUGAUGGAUGUGGCCUUUGUACAGUUCUUGGCAUCAGUUUCUGGGAAAGUCUCUUGUUUGGACACCUGCGGUGACUUGCUGGUGACUCUACAGUCCCUGAGCCGCCAGGGUGAGAAGCGGAGCCUCCAGCUCUCCGGCAAGGUCAACGCCAUGACUUUCACCUUUGACAACGUGCUCCCUGGAAAAUACAAAAUAAGCAUCAUGCAUGAGGAUUGGUGCUGGAAGAACAAGAGCCUGGAGGUGGAAGUGCUGGAGGAUGACGUGUCUGCAGUUGAGUUCAGGCAGACGGGCUACAUGCUGAGAUGUUCCCUGUCUCACGCCAUCACUCUGGGGCCCAGCAGGGAGCUCGUAUGCCGCUCGUGCCUGAAGCAGACGCUGCACAAGCUGGAGGCCAUGAUGCGCAUCCUGCAGGCAGAGACCACCGCGGGCACCGUGACGCCCACCGCCAUCGGAGACAGCAUCCUCAGCAUCACAGGAGACCUCAUCCACCUGGCCAGCUCAGACGUGCGGGCACCACAGCCCUCAGAGCUGGGAGCCGAGUCACCAUCGCGGAUGGUGGCGUCCCAGGCCUACAACCUGACCUCUGCCCUCAUGCGCAUCCUCACGCGCUCCCGCGUGCUCAACGAGGAGCACCUGACGCUGGCGGGCGAGGAGAUCGUGGCCCAGGGCAAGCGCUCGGACCCACGGAGCCUGCUGUGCUAUGGCGGCGCCCCAGGGUCUGGCUGCCACUUCUCCAUCCCCUAGGCUUUCAGCAGGGCCCUGGCCAACCUCAGU